UGGACGCAUGAUGCAAACGAGGCUUGUUGCCCCCCAGUAGCUAUCCACGCCUAAUUCAUCGCCGCUCGAGAUACUUGUAUUGUUCUGCCAACCAUCUGCUGACCUGUUCUCCUCAACGACCCAAUUACAUACAUGCCUCCAACCGACCUCAUGAAGAGAUCCCCUACCAGUGCUAGCACCACUAACCCACCCGUAAAUGUCAAGCUUCUGCUAAUCGGAAAUGCCUCAGUUGGGAAAAGUAGUUUGCUCCUGCGCUUCUCGGAUGAGCAAUGGCUCCCCGAGGACGAAGCGAGCGCAACGAUAGGCGUUGAUUUCCGUGUGCACAAGAUGGAGCUCAACGGACGGAAGGUGAAGCUCAGUAUAUGGGAUACAGCCGGCCAAGAACGAUUCCGUACGAUUACAUCUUCGUACUACCGUGGUGCUCAAGGGAUCAUACUUGUGUAUGAUGUAGCAAACCGCGAGACAUUCGAAGCGCUUCCGAAAUGGUUUUCAGAAAUCGACACCUAUGUCUCAAUCACAGUGCCAAAGAUUAUUGUUGGAAAUAAGGUUGAUAAGGAAAACUCUCGACAGGUCUCCACCAACGAAGGUGCCACCUUUGCCUCUCGUCAGAAUGCCCUCUUUGUCGAGGCCUCUGCAAAGACAGCCAUAGGGGUACGCGAGGUAUUCGAGGAGCUGGUGGCGCGGAUUCUUGAGACCCCAGAACUGUGGGCACCUGUGGCACCGGAAGCUGGUCUAAGUUUUGGGAAGCGCGGUGAAGAAGAUGGCAUGCCAGGAACGAUCGAUGUGAGGCGUGACGGGGCUGCACAGGACGAUGGGGUUUGCGGAUGCUAGAUUCCGUGCUUGAGCGGCUGUCAUUGUGAUACUGCUGAGCACGCGGCUGAUAGAGCUCACGAGGGUCGGUGCGCCCACCAGUGAUAUUAUCGAGUUUUGUGUACGAUGCUGAUUGCUGCUUGUAUGGGUAGAUCUGCCUCGGACACGACUGAUAUACCUUGUUUGUGCCUACUCACUACACUCAAUCCAUGUACUAUAGACACGCGACAUUUGGAGAAAUUAAUUAUUACUAGGUACCAUCGUGCAGAGCCAAUCUGAUUUCAAGAA